AUGAGUCAGUGUAGAAGGGGAGGGCUGAUAUCUGCACAUCUGGUCUGCACCAUGUGGGACCCUCGCUCCUGGGCAGAGUACCUGGUGGAGUGGGCAGCCAAAGACCCAUAUGGUUUCCUGACCACCGUGAUCCUGGCCCUCACGCCGCUCUUCAUCGCAAGCGCUCUGUUGUCGUGGAAACUCGCCAAGAUGAUCGAGGCGCGAGACCGAGAGCAGAAGAAGAAGCAGAAGAGACAGGAGAACAUCGCCAAAGCCAAGAGGACCAAGAAGGACUGA